AUGUUGGCCAGCGCCGUGCACAAUGUGAGCCUGGUCUACGCCCUGGUUUGGGCCAUUGAUAACUACUACGGCAUGGCCACCAGCACGCCGCUGGCGGUGGUGCAGUUCCCGACCAGUCGGGAGAGCAGGAGCCUGCACAACGACCUCAUAGAUGCCGCGCUGUUCAGAUCCUCGGGCACGGGAAGAAUCCAGUUUCUGCUGGAGGACGACCGUGUGGAGAUGACGGAAGCCAAUGCGGAGACGGAACUGCCGCCGCCAAGUGGCCUAAGCGGCAGACCCACGGCCAUCUGGUUUCUGGACAGCCUGCGAUCCUACUUCCGCCUGGAGAUGUACCUCAAUCAGCUGGGCAGUCCGUACAAGAGGAAUGGCUACUUUUUGGUUGUGUACACCGGCCUGGAGGAUCAGCCCAUGGAGUCCCUGAAGAUUAUGUUCCGGCGAUUGCUAAACAUGUAUGUGCUGAAUGUGAAUGUCUUUCUGCAGAGAGAUGGAACUGUGCACUUGUACACCUACUAUCCCUAUGGACCGCAUCACUGCCAGUCCUCGCUGCCUGUCUACUACACUGCUUUCCAGGAUCUGCCCGCGCCGGCGGCUGGAUUCGGGCUUACCAAGCCGCUCUUCCCCACCAAAUUGGCCAACAUGCAUGGCUGUCAGUUGGUGGUUGCCACGUUCGAGCACCGGCCAUAUGUGAUCAUCGAAGAUGAUCCCGAGACUCCGGGAGGCAGGCGCGUGCACGGCAUCGAGGGUCUGAUCUUCCGCACCCUGGCCGAGCGGAUGAACUUCUCUGUUAAGUUGGUGGAGCGGCAGGACAGGAACCGUGGCGAAAUUCUGCCUGAUGGCAAUUUCACGGGCAUCCUCAAAAUGAUGGUCGAUGGCGAUGUGAACCUGACAUUCGUGUGCUUUAUGUACAGCAAAGCCCGUGCGGAUCUGAUGCUGCCCAGCAUUUCCUACGCCAGUUUCCCGAUAGACCUCGUAAUCCCGAGCGGGGGCUCCAUGUCGCCCAUGGGUCGACUGACAAGGCCCUUCCGUUACAUAAUUUGGUCCUGCCUCCUGGCCAGCCUCAUUUUCGGCUUCCUGCUGAUUGGGCUGCUGCGGAUUACUGCUGUGCCAGGACUGAGAAACCUGGUGCUGGGCAGGCACAAUCAUCGUCCGUGCCUGGGCAUGUGGGGCAGUCUGCUCGGCGGUCUAGCUAUUCAUAAUCCACAAAGGAACUUCGCCAGAUACAUUCUGGUGAUGUGGCUCCUGCAAACACUGAUCCUCCGGGCCGCCUAUACCGGUCAGCUAUACCUCCUGCUGCGGGAUGUGGAGCGGCGAUCGCCGAUUAAGUCCCUCGGCGAGGUGCUGGCCAAGGACUACGAGUUCCGUAUACUGCCCGCUCUGCGCACCGUCUUCAAGGAUUCGAUGCCCAGGACCAAUUUCCGAGUGGUGGCCUCGCAAGAGGAGUCACUGUACCGGCUGCGGGAUGAGGAUGAUCCCGGCAUAGCAGUGCCGCUUCUGCAGCCCACUAUCCACCAGUUCGACUUUCGCUCGGGCCCAAAUGAGAGGCACCUGACCAUCCUGCCCGAUCCCCUGAUGACCGCCCCCCUAACCUUCUACAUGCGACCCCAUUCCUACUUCAAGAGGCGAGUCGAUCGCCUGCUCAUGGCCAUGAUGUCAUCCGGCAUCGUCGCCCGAUACCGAAUGAUGUACUUGGACCGAAUCAAGCCGGUGGCACAGCGACGGAACAUGGAGCCCAAGCCACUGUCCAUCUGGCGGCUGGGUGGGAUUUUCGUUUGCUGUGGAUGGCUGUAUCUGCUGGCCUUCGUGGUCUUUGUGCUGGAGAUUUCGACCAGGAAUCAUCCGAGAUUGCGCAGGGUUUUCAACCUAAUUAACAGAUAUGCGGCAUGAAAACACACCAAUUAUAUUAUAUUAACAUUUGAGGCAUGAAAAGCAAACUUAUAUGACCUAAAUUGAAGCUAUUUUAAACUAUUAUAUU